AUGGUUCGCUGUGCGUUUGCGGUUGGUCUGGUUCUGGUUGCGGUGGUAGGGACGGUACUGUCCGUACCAAUCUGGAACCGCAUCGUCGGCGGCCAGUUGGCAGAAGACACCCAAAUGCCGUACCAGAUUGCGCUCUUUUACAACGGCAUGUUCCGGUGCGGUGGUUCGAUUAUUGGCAAGCGUCUCGUUCUGACGGCGGCCCACUGCGUGGUGGAAGGUGAUAUUGUUCUCGAUGCCGAACAGUUUACCGUUCACGCCGGGUCAGCACACUUGAAUGCCGGAGGUCAUCUGUUCGAGGUCCAGGCGGUACACCCACACGAACGCUACGGGUCCUUCCAGAACGAUAUCGCAGUGAUGAAGAUGAAAGAACCGUUUCACUUUGACAAGUACGUCCAACCGAUCGAGCUGAUGGAUGAGGAGGUUACGCUUGGCAGUGAGGUGGUGAUUUCUGGAUACGGACGCGUAGGCAGCAACAUGCCGACCUCGCCCGCACUGCUGUACACGUCGAUGUUUGUGGUGGAGGACGAAAACUGCCACGGCGUCAGCCCGGGUCUGAUUUGCAUCGACAAGGAGGGUAGCUAUGGUGCGUGCAACGGAGAUUCUGGUGGUCCGGCCGUAUACGCUGGCAAGUUGGUUGGUGUGGCCAACUUCAUCAUUGACUUCUGCGGUGGAGACCAUGCCGAUGGUUAUGCGAAAGUGUCGUACUAUCUGGACUGGAUUCGUCAAUUCUUGGAGUGA